AUGGAGUCGGAAUACCUAUCUCAACUUCAGCAAAGACCAAAGUGGCAAAAAAGUCAAAACGAUUUAGAAAUCAACGAUAUAGUUCUCAUCAAAGAAGACAAUCUACUACCUCUUAAAUGGAAGUUAGGGAGAAUAAUUGCUGUUCAUCCAGGCUCAGACCAUACAAUCAGAGUUGUUAGCAUUAAAACUGGUCACGGUGUCAUAAAACAACCAAUCAAUAAGAAGUUACAAAUAUCAACAAUUGUUGGGGAUUUCAACGGGGGCCAAGAUGUUCAUAGGAAGCUAGACGACACAGAACAACAGCUUGCUGAUCGUUUUGGGGAUGAGUCUAAAGACCCUGAAGAUUCAUUUCAAGAAACUGUUUAUGAAUUUGCUCCUUCCACCACAGAGAUGACUUUAGGAUCCGACAUGGAUGAAAGUAACUUUCUUCAAGAGAACCCGGAAAGGUUAGGUAAUGAUCAAGAAAAUAUGGAACCAGAAGUUGAUGGCCGUACCUAAGGGAACCUAA